AUGCCUGAGCGAAUCGCCCUCUACAGCCGUUCGUACUCCCCCUACGUCCACCGCCGCGUUUACCCCUCCGCAGGCCUCGUCCUCACCGAUCAGAUCGCGCGCACACGCAUGCGGAUCUUCGUCGACGAGUUGGAGUCCUCAGGGGAGGCCGCGUUCCCCGCCACGCCGAUGGGCACCGGGCCCGUCGACGUUACCCGUUGUGCUCGGUUCGUCGACCGCCUGGUGGUGCCCGGGUUUGCGCCGUUCCGCGAGUAUGCGGAGGCGGUCAAAGCGCACCCGAGCGUCAAGAAGACGUAUGAUGAGCGCGGCUUGUAG